AUGGCUCUGCAACAAUUCGACUUCAAGAUCGUGUACAAUCCUGGUACAGCUCAAGAACAAGUUGAUAUAUUUACCAGAGAUGUCGACUUUACCGCUGCUGAUGAAUUUGUUGACAAACACCUUGGUAUGGUAAAUACGUUAAGUCCAAUUGAAGAUAGAGCUGCGAGACAACAAGAACGACUAAUCGGUGAAGAGGUUGCAUCUAUUCCAAUUAAGACGAAGUCGAAGGUCGAUACGGGUGUCAUACCAAAUCUGAAGGCAGACAGCAAUUUUCCAUCGAUUGAGGAAUUUGUUCAUGCUGCCAAAGAAAUUACGUCAGUACCAGACGGGUGCAUAAUACAGGAAGAUCUGCUCGUUCAUGCGAAGAGUGGACUCAUGUUUGUCCCUGAAAUUUUGAGAGCCCGAAUACUAUACUACUAUCACUACAGCAGAAUCGGUGCACAUCAAGGAGCACAGAAGAUGAUCGUCAGGAUAAAGAAGCACUUCUACUGGCCCUUGUUGGCGAAAGAUUGUGUCGAUUUCACUGCUGGUUGCCUUACAUGGCAAAGAAGAAUGAAUGUUGUCAAUUUGGUUGGAAAAGGUGUCUUGCUAUCCACUGAUUUCAACCUGUUAGUUUCGGUUGAUGCGAUAGGACCAUUCAUGUAUAAGAAUGUGUGA